CCAUCAUGGCCGACGAACAUUCGUGAAAACACCGGAGUCUUGUGAACUACGUAAUAUUUGUAAACAAAUUUUUUUAAACAAAUUAUUCUAUUAAAAAAAAAAACAAUAUAAUCUUCUAAAAAGAAAAUAAAACAAAUUCUAAUAAAAAUACAAUUAACAAUCUGUAUAAUUCCUAUUUGUUAUCUACAUAAAAGAAAUUUGUGUGAAAAAACUAUUCCAAAAAAAAGAGAAGAAAAAAAAAACUUUCAGUACUCAGAAAAGGACUGCGUAAAAAAGAAAUAAUUCACAGACACAUCCGUCGUGCAAAAGACUUUUUCUGUAAAUCCAUCUUAGCGUGAAAUUUUGAGUGAAUUAACAAAUCUUCUAAAAGUGAUUCUGUGUUUCGCUUGGAAAAUCAUCAAAAAAGUGGAUAAAUUCACGAGGAAUCGCAGCCGAAGAACGGAGCAGAUUUUCACAGUGUUGGAGUCAGAAAUUUGUAAAAACUGGAAAACAUGGGCAGCUCCGACGAUCGGGUGUACGCAGCGGAGAGAAUAAUCCAGAAACGUGUUAGAAAGGGCGUUGUUGAAUAUCGUGUGAAAUGGAAAGGUUGGAAUCAACGCUACAACACUUGGGAGCCUGAAGUAAACAUUCUCGAUCGUCGUUUGAUCGAAAUUUACGAACAAAGCAAUAAAUCCUCUAGUACUCCUUCGAAACGUGGAGCAAAGAAGAAGGAAAAAGAGCCCGAUCGUAAUAAUAUUGAAUCAGAAGACGAUGACGAUACUAUCGGUGAUGACAAUGACACCCAAACAACAUCUUUGGAUAAAGAAAAACGCAAAGAAUUGAAAGCAUCCUCAGAAAAGGGUGUUAACUUAAAUGUGGCCGCAAAUUUGAGACGAUCUGAGUCACCAAGUCAGCAACGAGCAUCACCAUUCAUUCCUGAGAAUGACACAAAUUCCAGCAGCAGCGAAGAUCAACCUUUGAGCAGCAGAAAAGAGCCCAUAAUUGGUACCAAACGUAAAGCCGAAGUACUCAAAGAAUCUGGCAAAAUUGGUGUCACAAUCAAAACAUCCCCCGAUGGGCCACCACCCGCUAAAAAUUAUUGCUUAGACUCGGCUGCUCCUAUUUCGACACCGCUUAAAGCCGAAUCAGCACCACUUUCACCAGAAACACCAGCAUCACGCCCCGAACAGGACAUUCCAUCAGAUAAACCGCAGCAGUAUGCCAAUCAGCAACAACUACAGCCACCACUUGUAGUCCAGCAGCAACCACCAGUAGCAGCGGCUCCACCACAACUUAGGGAUGACAAUGAAUCAAAACCCAAAGAUCUUCAUUAUCAGCAUAAUAGCAAUAAUCAUGUCAAAAUAUCACGGUCACAGUCACCGCCACUAUCGCCCAAAGUUGCAGCCCCACGCUUCUGGCUGCCAGGCAAGUGUAAAAUCUCUGACAAAGUUGUCAUCACCGAUGUGACAGUGAAUUUGGAAACAGUUACAAUUCGUGAAUGUAAAACCGAAAGAGGCUUCUUCCGUGAGCGGGAUCUCAAGGCCAGCGGCGAUGUGGCCAACUGAAAGCGGGCCAAAAACCGCCACAAGGAGGGUCAUCACCACAAUCCCAACCAUAAUCAUCAUCACCACCACCAUCACCGCCAUCAUCAUAAUCAUCACACAACAACAACGACGAUGACAGCAAAAACGGUGGCGGUGGCGACAACAGUAGCAGCAGCUGCUGCUCUGUGAAGAUGAGUAUAUUGAAGCAGGACUUUCCAAAAUUUAUUUAAAAUAUAAAUAACAACAACAGUACUCUAAAAGCAAAUGGCUUUUAAAAUCCCAUUUGCCUUAAUUUAUUUUAAGUUAUUAAUUGCGAGAGAGAAAAAAAUCAAACAUAAUUUGUUUAAAAAAAAUACUGUAAAUAGUUAUUACAUCCCUCCCUCAAUAAUAUUUCGUUGAUCAUUUAGUUAAGCAUUUAUCACAGAAUUUAAUGAAAAUCACUCGGAAUAUAGGAUUUUAGAGAGAAUAGAAAUCCAACUUAUAUAAGAAAAUCAAUUAAAUUAUGUCAUUUUAAGAUCACUGAAUUAAGGAAUUUAAAACAACAAGGUAGACCUUUGUUGUGUUUUUUGUUUAAUUUAGAUUGUUUCUUUGUGUAAAAAUGUUCAUGAAGACACACUUACGAAGGAAAUUUUUUUUUUUAAAUUUUCAUUACUUAAGCAAAAAGCUGAAAGUUAAGUUUAUAAAGGCCUGCACUUUACAAACUUAAUGACGGCCGAUAGUUUACCGGCCGCUAAAAAGUCUGUAAAGUUUAGGGGCUUAAUCCUUACUUAAUAACUUAUUUACUUUCUAAUUGAAUUAGGGGAACCUAAAUUAGUAAAAUCAAAACUACAAUAUAUUAUAGUUUGGACGAUAGUUGCCUCCAUCAUAUCAAUAUAGAGAGAUAGUGAGAGACCAAUAGUUGAAACGACUUUGGCUUUUAGUUUUCAUUUUACGUAAUUUGGGUUAAGGUUACCAUUAUCGUAAGACCACCCUCAAUAAAUGCAGAUCAAUUUAGUUUGUUUCAGAAUUAAGUCGACAAAUUUUUGACAAAAUAUUUGACUUCUUUUUAAUAACAUAAAAUCAUAUUUUAAUUGGAAAGCUUUUUUUUUAAUUCAAAAGAAUCACCACUAUCUAUACUUUCGAUGAAACUUCUGGUUGAAGGAAGCCUAAAGUUUCUCUUCGUUUGAAAAAUAUUACGAAAAUAAAGUCAUCAUCCUUUUUAUAUAAAAUUUUGUAAAGCAAAUAAUUUAUACAUUCAUCAGCCACUUGGAAGAUAACUUGCAAGCGUACUUUUUUUUUUGUCAUGUAGUUCUAAAAUUGCAAAGGCGUUUGAUCUUGGUCAUAGGACGUAUAUUUGUUGAACUAAAAAGUAAAUUCUUUUUACCCAAUCUUUCGUCACAAUAAGAGAAUUAACUAGCUUCUCUGUUAAGCCAGACUAAUUUUAUGUUAUUAAUUAAAUUUAAAUUCUCAUAAUCUAAAAGUGUUUUUAUAAAGCCUAGAUGCAGUAGAUUGUAAUGCCAAAAAUUUCACAGAGGCAUUUUUUUUAACAUAAAAAAACAUCGGCCUUAUGACGAAUUCCAUUCGUAUCGG